CAGAUGAUGUCAUAAAAUUCCAAAAAAAUAAUAAAACAACAAUUGUGUUCUAAAUACAAAAUUAAAUAAAUUUUAUGUCUUCAUUUUAGUUGAAAGCAUCCAACUACUUUAUAUAUACUUUGUUUUUUUUUAUAAUUAUACGAUAUGGAUCCCAUAGCUGUUUUACAAAGCAGAAUUGAACAACUUGAAGCUAAAUUAGGAAUAAAUGCUUGUAAUAUUAUAGAAGGACAGCAAGGAGACUCGGCUACUGCAAAUUUGUUAAACACCGCCCAGGCUAUUAACAAUGCUACAGCAGAACACGGAAAGCUUAAAGAAGCCAGGAAUAUGGCUAAUGAACUCAACAACUAUACUGAUCCAAAUUUAGCUGAAAAUUUGCAACAAAAUAAUAUGCACAUGCAUGAAGUAGUUGCAGCCGAGCCUGUAAUACAACAUCAUUGUCACUGUAUGCAUCACUGUAAACAGGCAGCACCAGUUUUAGAAUCUGAGCCCAUACAGCAAGUUCCUGUGAUGCAAGAAACAGUGAAUAAAAUGCAUUUAGCAGCAGCAGAAGUAAAGGCAGAAGCAGAUUCUGUAUCUCAAGGUAUUCAAGAAUUGGCAGAAACUUGCGGAACGGCAGCCUCAAAGACCUCUGAACAACUAGCAGCUGUAGCUCAGAAAGUUAAUGAAGUUGAGCAGUCAUUUCCCCGGCGCAGAAAUGGCUUAGACUAAAGUCAUCUUGGAUAAAAACACUUGUUUUCCUGCUAUAAAAUUACUUUGUACUAUUUAUUAAAAAUCAAAAAGUGGCAAUUGAGCACAACAGUAAUGCUUGAAUAUUUAUUUGUCUGAAUAUAGUAAAGAAGCAUUUGAA